AUGCGCUUGUCCCUCAGUACUACACACGGUGGACAAGGCGUCACGCUGCAAACUCCAACCCAAACCUCGGCGUCCAGUCUGACGCCCCCGGUCACCCCGAUCGGCAAGGAAGCCGGGGACCCUGAGCGAUCCAUCCCAAGUCCAUUGGAGGAAACAAACUCCGAGCAAACAGCCGCGCAGGUGAAAAGGAACGUGAUCACCCCGCUGCGCUUCUCGGACGAUGUGGAAAUUUGUCGCGACAGCGCGGAUCGCCCGAUCGAGUUUGGUCGAGGCGCGUGGAGUAUAGUAUACAAGGCGCGCUCGAUUCCCAGCGCUCCCGCUGCCAACCUCCAUACUCCGCCCAGCUCGCCGAUCACCACGAGUCGCAUUCUUGCGGUGAAAGCGCCAUUGCGCCGCGAUGCCCGAAAAGUGCUCCAGGCCGAGGCGCUGACAUUGACGCGUCUGAAUUUGACCCCGGGCUACGAGCAGCAUGUCGUGCCGUUCCAUGGCCUCCUUUCAGAUUCCGAUGCGUUGGUCAUGUCCGCCGUUCCCCUGGCGCUGUCAACAUACAUCGAAGACCAAGCCGAUCUGCGAAAGAAGCAGCCCUCAACAGCGACCAUGUACGACCCCGUCCAAGGACCAGAUUCAUGGCGCGAUAUGGCGCGCAAGUUGAUCAGUGGCCUGGCAUGGCUGCAUGAUACUGCAGGUAUCAUCCAUGGAGACAUCAAGCCUCACAACGUCCUCCUCCGCUCAAUCGCAGCCGACGAGAGCGCAUUCCCUCACGAACCCCUUCUCGCAGACUUCUCUUCCGCGAUCGCCAUACCUUCAGACUCCGCGCAAACCCCGGAUCCAAACCACGCCGCGAUGUCAGCAUUCACGCCGCCCUUCACCGCGCCCGAGCUACUCACGCUCGCAUCUUUGAAAUCCGGCGACGUGCUGUCGACACCAGCCUCGGACGUCUUUUCACUUGCGGCUACGUUGAUCGCCGCCGCAACUGGGGAUCUUCUUCUGUAUCCUAGCGCAAAUAAGAUGCAGCGUCUAGCUAUGGCACGCGACGGACACCGCAUCCUUGACUUCACUCGCUCCGGCUCAAAUGGCUGCCGCGUGCCAUGCAGAGGGUUCGUCGAGAAACUUACCCAACCAGCUGUUGCCAAAGACCCGACCCAGCGUAUUCCUACGCAGAACUGGCUGGUGCUAGCAUCUUCGUGA